AUGCAAACACAGUCCUUACAUCGGCUACACAAUAGUCGAUCGCGUAUCUGGAUUCUCGUCUUUGCGCCCAUACUCAGUCUAGUCUUGCUCUACACAUGGCUUCGAAGGCCACACUCGCUUUUACUUGACCAGUUCUUCGUCACGGACGAAUCGCAGAACGAACUCCCUCUAGUAAUAAGUGGCGACGACAAGACCAAUUAUGAUGUCAAGCCAGAACCCAUUCCAGGAAUGGACGAUAUCCUCAUCAUCCUCAAAACCGGCGUGACAGAAUCACUGACCAAAGUACCCAUUCAUCUCGAAACAACCCUCGCCUCCGUGCCACACUUUGUCGUCUUCUCAGACUUCGAAGAGGAAAUAGCCGGCGUACAGACGCACGACGUCCUGCGCCGACUCAACGAGACCGUCAAACGCAACAUUCCAGAAUUCGAAUUGUACAAUCGCAUUCGUGACCAUGGUCGCGAGGCAUUGACMCCCGCCGAUUAUGGCGAUGACUCUAAUGGCCCCUUUGGGCGUCAAAACAACCCUGGGUGGAGAUUGGACAAGUGGAAGUUUCUGCCCAUGAUCCCCGCGGCAUUAGAGCACAAACCGGAUGCGAAAUGGUUUGUGUUUAUGGAGGCCGACUCAUAUUUCCUCUGGCCGAAUCUUGUGCUGUGGUUGUCGCAGUUGGAUCAUGAACAGGAUUGGUAUCUUGGCUAUCCCAUGCAGAUCGGCGACACGAUUUUUGCAUACGGUGGUUCCGGGUUUGUCAUUUCUAACCCGGUCAUGCGCAAAAUUGUGCAGUAUUUAGACGAAAGGCCCCAAACAGAGAUCGAUGAUUACACCGCUACGCAAUGGGCAGGCGACUGUGUGCUAGGCAAAGUGUUUGGUGAUGCCGGCGUGGGCCUGAAUUGGUCUUGGCCCAUGUUGCAGGACAACAAGCCGUGGGAGGUGGACUAUUUCGCGACUGUGGGCGAUAAACGUGCGUGGUGUUUUCCAGUUGUGUCAUAUCAUCAUAUGCAGCCUGAUGAUAUUCAGACUUUGUAUGAGUUCGAUAGGGAGUGGUUUGACUCUGGUAAUUCCACCGCAAAACCACUCUUAUACAGCGAUGUAUUCCAUCGCCUUAUUCUUCCAGACAUCCUCUCACCGCGCGAUGGGUGGGACAACGCCGCCGACAACGCCAUCACCAAAGAAGACGGAUCCGCCCUCGAACUUACAUUCGACGACUGCAGCACGAAAUGUGCAGAUGACGCGAGCUGUCUUUCUUACCGGUAUAAAGAAGAUGAGAAGAGCUGUUUCGUUUCUUCAGCCGUCAAAAGAGGAACAGCGGCCGAGGGCGUGAAAUCCAAUUGGAUGAUCGAUCGGAUACAUGAUAAGAUUAGUGAAUAUGGGCAGACGUUCGAGGUCGAGGUCGAGCUUGAGGCAGACGCAGAUGCACCAGACGAACUCGAGGAGCCGGAAGUAGACGACGCACCACCUAUUCCAGAGGACGAAGCAGAAGUCGAUUUACCAGAACAAGACGUCCUCGACGGCGUCGUCGAACCACUACCACUACUCGUCGUCGCAGCGGCAGAGCCCGUGGUCGUAGUUGUGGUGGUAGUCGUAGCAGUGACAGGCGGAAUACUAAUAGGCACACUAACCGACGAACACACCGAUGUCACCGCAUUUGAGACAGAGGACUGA